AUGCCGCCCGGCCGACCUCCCAAAAACCGCGAGAGGAGUCCGAGUACUACACCGGUUCCGACCAGCGAGCAGACCGAUGGCUCACAAUUACCGACGGCGCAAUGGGAAGCGAUGACCGAUAUCCUCAAUGCAAUCUACGACUACCGUACUGAGGAUGGCUUCGAUCCCUCCAAGCUGUUCCACCGCAAGGUGAAUAAGCGCAUUAUUCCAGAAUACUACGACACAAUCAAGGAGCCAGUGGCAUUGUCCACAAUCAAACAGAAGAUACACACCCGCGCAUAUCGCGAUUUCAAGGAAUUCGUACGCGAUUUUGCGCUGAUCACCCAUAAUGCGCAAGUCUUCAAUGUGCCAGAUAGCGGCGCUUUCCAAGAUGCCCUGAUCGUCAAGGAGCAACUGGAGAUGCAGCUUCAAAAGCUGGUCAAGGAUGGUCUCAUCUCACAAGAAAUCGCAGCACUUCCCGACCUUGGAGAAAUUCCAGCGUAUGAGCAUGUGUCUGGAGCGGAUAAAGAUGGUGAGGGUGACGACGACGACGACUCUGGUGAGGAUGACGGGGACGAUGACGACGAUGAAGGAGGCGACGAGGGAGAUGAAGGUAAGAAAAAGAGACGGCGAGGUCGACCCUCGAAGCGAGAUACGAUCGAGGAUGGUGAUGGCAAGCGAGCCCGAGGUCGCCCGCCGAAGUUGUUGACGCCAGUGGAGGCACGAAUUCAGGCUAUCCUCAAAGGAAUCCGCAAGCCGAAGGGCCUAGAUGGCCAACUUCUGAUCGAGAACUUCGAUCGUCUUCCCGAUAAAGCUGCCAUGCCUGAAUACUUCAUGGAGAUAAAGCAUCCCAUGGCCUAUGAUUCGCUCAAACGCAAGGCCAAGCGAAAGAAGUACAAAAGCCUGGAGGACUUCAUGGCGGACGUCAAUCUGAUCUUCAACAACGCCAAAUCGUACAAUACCGACGAGUCGCAGAUUUACAAAGACGCCGUGACAUUGCAAAUCGAAGCGGGUCGAUUGUAUGACGAGGAACGUGCCAAGCCCGACGAAACCUUUGCCGACGACGAAGGCAAAAUACCUCUGCCAAGUGGCGUCUACCACAACGGCGAGCACUACAGAGUCGGCGACUGGAUUCAUCUUCACAACGCCAAUGACCUUACAAAACCUAUACCUGCUCAGAUUUAUCGGAUCUUUCGCAAUUCAGAAGGAAAGCCCACGGUCAAUGUCUGCUGGUAUUAUCGUCCAGAGCAGACCAUUCAUCGUUAUGAUAAGCACUUUUAUGCCAACGAAGUGGUCAAAACUGGUCGAUAUCGUGAUCAUCAAGUGGAGGAAAUCGAAGGGAAAUGCUUCAUCAUGUUCUAUACGCGUUUCUUCAAAGGUCGUCCGCGGGGAUUGCCGACUGGCACUGAAGUCUACGUAUGCCAAACACGAUACAACGAAGCGCAACCACAAUUCAACACGAUCAAAACUUGGGCAAGCUGCCUUCCUGACGAAGUACGAGACAAGGAUUAUGAAAUGGAUAUGUUUCCGCAACCCCAGAGGGCCAAGAAAUACCCAUCGCCAAUAGCAUAUCUGCUCAGAGAUGAUCAAAAGGAGACGGACGAGUAUCCCAAAGCUCAAUGGGGAGCCGAAGGUGCGCCACCGAAAAUCGGUGCUGUGCAUCGCAUCCGCUCCGACAAAGAUUCACCUCCUCCUGAACCCACUCCUCCUCCAUCGUCGAGGUUGCCAACAUCACCUCCAAAGCCGCUCCCAACGCCGUCGCAAGCGUAUCAGUCGAAUCCUGCAGCGCGGCCCGACUCGCGUAAUGCUGCAAUGUAUACUCCGGCACGUCCACAAUAUCCCAACUCAGCGGCUACCGCCAUCGCAAACCAGCGCGGUCUCUCCGGGCAAACUCCCAACUACAACCCCUCGACUCCGCAACCAGGAGGAAGCUCAUCCCUCCGGCCCCCGGCGCAAGCACACUCUCCCAACCCAUCCACCUCGUACGCAACUCCACGCCCCUCGCUUCAUCACUCGUCUUCAUCCGCUGGCCACGCCCCUGCCGCCUCGAUGGCACCUGCUCCGGUCAACUACCGCGAUCCUCCCGCUGUCGAAGUCUACACCCUUCCCGACUUUGCAAAUUUCAGCAUCCCGCCGGAGAUUCGCGCUCUGUAUCAGCGCGAUGCUGCCGAUCGCGUGCUCUUCUUUUCAACCCCGCCACUGCUCCUCGGGAGUGAAGGGCUCAACGCUGAGGAGACCUCGGCUGGAGAUGCUGUAGAGAAAGCUGCCAAUCGCCUUCCUUCAAGACACAGUGCUCGCUACCUCGCUGAAAAAGCAAAAAGAGCCAACGAAACUGCUGCUGCUGCCGCGGCGACCGCCAGCAAACGCAACGCCGAUGCCAUGGACAUCGAUGACGCCACCGCCACAAUUUCUGCUACAGCUUCGCGACAUCCCGCCGCCAAACGUACCCACUCCUCCUCUGAUGAUGACAAAACCCUCCUCCUCGAAUCCCUCACCAACCAUCUCACGACCACCCUCCAAAGUCAAAACCUCUCCCCACAAGAAAAAUCCCUCCUCCUCACUUUACAGCAACAAGCUCGGAAGAAGGAGGCUUUGGUGGAGCAUCAUGCUAAGAUUCGAGCUCAGCGGAUCGCCGGUAGCGACAGUUCGCAGGAUGGACUGGUCGUCGUCGGUGGUGGCGGUGGGAUUGGGAGUUUGUUCAGGGAUGAUUGGGACACGAGGGUUGGUGGAUGA